AGUACCAGCUUUGGCAGUCGAGCUCUCCAGCUCGUACUGAGUUCACCACACAUCACACACUGCUUCAACAAUCACGAGCUCACUCGGGUCUUGGCGCUCCCAUAUUUCUCCCUGCAUCUAUACUCAGCUCUGCUCCCAACCAACCCUCACGAUGCAUCUCCUCACCCUCCUCACGCCCCUCCUCCUCCUCUCAACCUCCCCCGCCCGCGCCAAAACCAAACCCAAAAACGCCAUCCUCCUCUCCGAAGUCCAAUCCCUCACCCUGCGGGCCAACGCGCAAACCACCCACCGCCGCGUCUCCGCCAUCCCGCAACUGAAAUGCAUCUCGCACCCUUCCAUCUGUCGGCUACACGAAAUCGACGUCCUACGCUGCACCAACGAAGGCUCCGGCUACGACAGCGAGGACAUCCAAUGGUCGUGCCAGGCGUCUCUCCCGCCCGAGUUAAAAUUGGGAUCCACCGACGUCAUCUGUGAGGGCUACUCGGGCCCAGAGGACGAGUACGUGCUGAAAGGCAGUUGCGGCGUCGAGUACCGGCUGGCGCUGACGGAUGAGGGCGAGCGGAAACACCCUAACCUUGGUGGCGGAAGUGGAGGACCAGGACAGGAAUGGGACUUGAGCGCAUGGCUCUUCGGAUUCAUCUUCGUCGGGGUCUGCGCCUGGAUUCUGUAUUCGGCCUACACGCAAGCGCAAGCGAACCGGCGGCCGGGCGCACAGAGACGGCCGCGUAAUAACGGCGGAGGCGGUGGCGGAGGAGGAUAUGGAUAUGACGACUCAAACGACGACCCGCCGCCGCCGUAUCCGGGAGCGAAACCCUCGGGGUCGAGACAAGCUGGUGGUUGGCAGCCUGGAUUCUGGACUGGAGCUGCGGCUGGAGCGGCCGGUGGUUACUUCGCAGGACGUGGGGGGAACAAUCGACGACAGUCCAACUACGGCACCGGCUGGGGCUCUGGCAACAAUAGCGGCUGGGGUGCCGGACCGUCGAGGUCGUCGUCGUCAUCUAGUUCAGGUUCAGCAUCGGCGGCGAGACACGAGAGUACCGGUUUUGGAGGUACAAGCCGCAGAUAGUAGGAGGGAGAGAAUCCAUGGGGCUUACGAGAGACGAGUACUCCACAACUCAGUUCUCAUCGCUGCACGAUGGACAGCCAUCGACAGCAUCUCAACAAAGCAAAUGGCUCAGAUGUGAUUUAUUAUUCCUACAUUCCGGUUGGUGUGGUUCACCCUCUAUCCUGUGCGACUGCCCCUCAAGAUGUGAAUUCGCCCAUGUGUGAAAUGCGAGUUACAGCUCAUGCCAAGACAAGGGGAAUCGGCCCCCCUCUUCCACAGCGGUAUAUCUGAGUGAUCCAGCCGCAACUCAAUAUCCUCUCAAAUCGGGGUAU